AUGCUGACAGAUGGUUGGGUACCAUGUGAAGAAAACAUUGCAGAACAAAUAGAAUUAGGCUAUUAUAAAUUUAAGCCUUACAGGCCAAAUGUAAAUAAUACUGAGGAUUCCGUAGCAGCAGAAGAAACAAAAUUAGAGAUAUCAUUAUCAAAGCAGUCUGUGGAUGUACAUUGGAACCUGUUGGGCCCUUACUUGGGUCAAUAUAUCGUGUACACGGGUGAGAAUACUGCUUGGCUAUUAUCUAAUAGUACAAGUAGUAAACUAGCUAAAAGUAUUAUUAAACGAUUAACGAACAAACAUAACUUGGGCGGUAUUCGACUUGUUCGUGGAUAUCCUGCCGUAGAAGAAUUAACCAAGAAAUCAAAGAUAUCAACAAAAUCAAAUACAUCUACAAAUGCUCCAUUAGAUGAAGAAAACAGCAGUAAGGAAGAAGAACAGGAAAUAGAAAAGAAUGAAGCAAUGGAUUAUGAUAAUGAAAAUAGUGAAGAAGAAGUAAGAAAUAUAGACCAUCUUAUAUUUGUCAUUCAUGGCAUUGGUCAAAAAAUGUCUGAAAGAACGGGACAAACCUUUGUACACGAUGUUAAUAUAAUGAGAAAAACGAUAAAGUUAGCUUAUAAUUCAGCAAUAGUUACAACUUCAACUCCUAAUAAACCAAAUGGAAUACAAAUUUUACCAAUUAUGUGGAGGCAAGAUAUUAAAUUUGGUAUGGCUGCAGAUGAUGAAGGUUAUGAAGCUGAUCUUGGUACUAUGGGUGUAGAUGAUGGUUGUCCUACUUUAGAUGAAUUAACUUUAGAAGGUGUACCAAAUAUAAGAACAGUUAUUUCUGAUGUCUUGAUGGAUGUUCCACUGUAUAUGACACCACGUUAUCGUGAGCUUAUGACACAAAUUAUUGCAAAAGAACUUAACCGAGUUUAUUACUUGUUCUGUAUGAGGAAUCCUGAGUUCGCAGAAAAAGGCAAAGUUUCGAUAUUUGGACAUUCGCUUGGGGUAAAAUGA